UCUAUCAGCGAAAUUAUGCCAAACGAGUGUGUCAUUUUUGCCUUGUGUGUUUCUUCUUUCUGUUCACUUCUCCCUAUUUUAAUCACACAGACUACAAUUGGGACACUUGACAAGCAGACAUCAUUGGAAGCAGCAGAGAACCUGAUCAAACAGCAUGAAGCCUUUAUCACCACCAUGGAUGCCAAUGAUGAGAAGAUCAACCUGGUCCUGCAGUUUGCUGAGAGGCUGGUGGAUGAUGAGAACCACUAUGCAGCAGACAAGAUAUCUAAGAAGGCAGAGAAUAUUGAUGAGAGACGCAAUGCCAAUCGUCAGCGUGCAUAUGAAGGUCUGGAGAGACUGAAGGACUCACUUCAACUACAGCAGUUCCUGCAGGACUGUGAUGAGCUUGGAGAGUGGCUUGAGGAGAAGAUGAUUGCAGCACAGGAUGAGACCUACCGUGAUGCCAAGAACAUUCACAGCAAAUACAUGAGGCAUCAGGCCUUUGAAGCAGAGAUUGCUGCCAACAAGGAUAGGCUUCACAAAUUACAACAGGCUGGCGGUGAGCUAAUCAGAGACAAGCCAGACACUGCAGAGCAGAUAGAGCCUCGUCUCCAGAGCUUGGCUGCUCAGUGGGAAGAACUGGAGAAGACCACACAGGAGAAAGGAGAGAAACUUUUCGACGCCAACCGCCAAGUCCUGUAUGAACAGAGCUGCGAUGAUAUUGAUGGCUACCUCAAUACACUGGAGUCUCAGAUCAUCACAGCCGAUUUCGGGCAAGAUCUAACCACGGUUAACUUGCUUAUGCAGAAGCAAAAUCUGCUAGAAGGUCAAAUGAAAAUCAAGGAAGAACAGAUGUCAGAGCUGGACAAACAAGCAGAGAUCCUGAGAAGUAAAGAUCCAGCCAAGGUGGAAGAGAUCGAGAUGAAGAAAGCCCUUGUCCAGGAGCGUUUUGUACAGCUGCAGGCUCCACUGCUGGAGAGGCGAUCUCAGCUGGAGAAACAGAAGGCAGUGCAUCAGUUCCUGCGUGACGUCGAGGACGAAAUGUUGUGGAUAGACGAACGCAUGCCACUGGCAACAUCAGAAAACUAUGGCAACAGCCUACUCAGUGUACAGACACUGAUGAAGAAAAACCAGACUCUGAGAUCAGACCUGGAGCGUCAUGAGCACACAAUCAACGCAGUUUGCGACGCUGGCCAGGAGAUGAUCAAUGAAGGACACCCACAAUCAGAACUCUUCCAAGAAAAGAUCGAUAUGCUGUUACGACGCUGGGGAGAGCUGAAGGAAGCUGUAGACGAGAGGCAAAACAGGCUACUUCUGUCACAGGUUGCACAGCAGUACUACUUCGAUGCUGCAGAGGCUGAGGCCUGGAUGGGAGAGCAGGAGCUGUACAUGAUGUCUGAGGACCGUGCUAAGGAUGAGGUGGGGGCCCAGAACAUGAUGAAGAAACACCAGCACACUGAGCAUGUUGUAGAGGACUAUGCUGAGACUGUCAGGCAGCUUGGGGAGAGAGCCAGGAAUCUCAUGGAUGAGAAUCAUCCAGAGUGUGACCAGAUUGCCCGCCGCCAGGCCCAGGUGGACAAACUUUAUGCUGGACUGAAGGACCUUGCCCAGGAGAGGAGAGGCAAGCUGGACGAGUGCCUGAAACUGUACAUGUUGAACAGAGAGGUAGAUGAUCUAGAGCAGUGGAUAGAGGAGAGGAGAGUGGUCGCUGGGUCGCAUGAACUUGGACAGGAUUACGAACACGUCACUAUGUUACGUGACCGGUUCAAGGAGUUUGCCAGGGACACCCAGAGCAUUGGUGAGGAACGCGUGGCUGCAGCCAAUGACAUGGCAGACAAACUGAUAGCCCUGGGCCACUCUGACGCUGCCACAAUAGCCGAGUGGAAGGAUGGCCUGAAUGAGGCCUGGGCAGAUCUUCUGGAGCUCAUUGACACCAGGACACAGAUGUUACAGGCUUCUUGGGAGCUGUGGAAGUUCUUCAAUGACUGCAAGGAAACCUUGGAGAGAAUCUAUGAGAAACAGAACUCUAUCCCAGACGAGUUGGGUCGUGAUGCUCAGAGUGUGGCUGCCCUGCAGAGAAAGCAUGCCAACUUUGAGCAUGACCUCAUCACCCUGGGGACACAGGUGCAACAAGUGCAGGAGGAGGCAGCAAGGCUGUUUGCCGCUUACGCAGGGGACAGGGCCAGAGAGAUCCAAGAUCGCGAGGCAGAGGUGGUGAACGCCUGGAGGAAUCUACAGGUGAUGGUGGAGGCACGCAAGAAUAAGUUGAUUGAUAUCAGUGAUCUGUUCCGCUUCUUUAACAUGGUCCGCGAUCUCAUGUUGUGGAUGGAUGACAUUAACAGACAGAUGAAUACACAAGAAAAACCAAGGGAUGUGUCAGGAGUGGAACUGUUGAUGAACAAUCACCAGAGUCUGAAAGCUGAAGUAGACGCCAGGGAUGAGAACUUCACCAUCUGUGUCAACCUGGGCAAAGAUCUGCUGGCCAGGAGACACUUUAGAUCAGAAGAGGUGCGUGACAAACUUAUCCAGCUGACCACACAGAGAGGCAUGAUGAUGGAGAAGUGGGAGGAGAGAUGGGAAUACCUACAACUUAUCCUUGAGGUGUACCAGUUUGCCAGAGACGCUGCUGUGGCUGAGGCCUGGCUUGUUGCUCAAGAGCCAUAUCUACAGACUACAGACCUUGGUAGCACCAUAGAUGAGGUGGAGAAGUUGAUUAAGAAGCACGAAGCCUUUGAGAAAUCUGCUGCUGCCCAGGAAGAUCGCUUCACAGCACUGGAGAGGCUCACAACACUCGAGCGCAGGCAGCUUGAGAAGGAGGAAAGAGCCUCUGUGGAGGAUGGCGACCAGUCAGUGUCAUUAGAAGAACAACUGAGAGCACAGGCUGCAGCUGAAUUCACUAUCCCUGCAGUCCAGCUCCAAGAACCCUAUGAAACCAAUCUGGACGAGCCAGAUGAUCUUGAAAGGCGUCAGGAAGAGGUAGGGGGAGCCACUGAGGCAGAGGCUCCAGCACUACAGCAGCUGGCCAGCAAGUAUAAAGACAUCUUCCGUGACUUGGAUAGUAGUCGCGAAUCAUUACAAGACAACUCGUUUGAAAUCAAAGAAAGGCAAAGGCGAGAAGAGGAGGAAUAUCGCCGCCAACAUCCUGAAGAAGUACCUCCGGAGAAACCAUCAAUUCGGCAGAAAUAUAUGGAGGAAUUUGCACCUCCUCCAGAACCAGAACCUGAGGUCCAGAUUGAGGUUGCGCCAGUUGUAGAGAAAGAACCUGCCUCUGGGGAUGCCCAGCCAGUGAUAAAUGGAGAGAAAGAACCAGAGCCAGGAUCCCCUGGCAAGCCUGCAGUGUAUAUCAAAGGCCUCACAAGAACACCACCAGAACAACGCCAACAGCUGACUGUUUUGGAAACCACGCCACCAGAGGGCGAGGUGGGCGAACCUUCUAAGGAGGAACAAAAACCUAGUAAAGGCAAGAAGCGCUCCAAGUCGGAAGAAAGGGCAAAGCAGAAGGCUGCCACUUUGCAGCCAAGAACAGAGCCAGCACCAGAAGGCCAAGAACAAAAAGAACACCUGGAAGGAGUCCUGACUAGAAAACAUGAAUGGGAAAGUGCCACAAAGAAAGCUUCUAAUAGGUCAUGGGACAAGGUAUACUGUGUACUGGACGGGCAGGCCCUAGCCUUCUACAAGGACCAGAAACACUAUCAAGCAAACCCAACUGCUUAUAUCCACCAUGAACAACCCCUUUCCCUAGAGGGCUCCAUUGCUGAGGUGGCCUCUGAUUACCACAAACGUUCCCAUGUGUUUAGGAUGAAGAUGGGCAAUGGAGGAAUUUACUUGUUCCAGUGCCAUAAUGAUGAUGAGCUGAACACAUGGGUCCAGAAGCUGUGUGCAGUGACAGGGACACAACCCUCAGAGGCUCGGUCUCAAACCUUGCCAGCCAAAGGCAGUCAGUCUCCAGGCAGAGAAAAGAAGGACGAAUCCAAACGUCGCAGUCUCUUCACACUGAAGAAAAACGUGUAAAUAGAGCUAGUGCUAGCUGCCUGCAGAGACAGAGAAUGGAAGAGUGUGCCCUUUUCAAGACCCUCAUAUCAUCUUACAGCAACUUUUAACAGCUGAGAGAGACUUCCACCAUUUAAUACAGAGGAAUGUACUUGGUUACUUGGCCAGGCUUAGCCUUUCGCUUGUACAGUCAUAUUUGAAUGGAGUAGAAGUUAUUAAUUCAAACAGAUCAUAUAUCCAUAUUGAAUGGCAUUGUGCAAAAUUUUGAAGUGCUUAUCCAAAACUUUAAGAUUUAUUAACUUGUGUAGGGUAUGAAAUUAGUUUAAUGAGUAUAGAUGUAUGUAUGUAGAUUUUUUUUAAUGUAUUGUUAUCAUCUGUGCUAAAGCUUGAAAUAUUAGUCUUAAGACUUUGCUGUCAUUUGCCAAUUGAAAAGAUGGCAUCUUAAAAGACUUACAAAUGAAAGAAUGAAGCUUAGAUGAACAGGCUAAAAGCUUUAAAUUUGUGGUUUCUGGGGCUUCAGUGUGUUAUGUAUUAUAUAUAUAUGAAUAUAUCAACCGUUGUAUGUUGCCAAAUGUUACAUGUUUUCUCCCUCUGAGAAAUGGUCAGAUCAUUUCAUUAUCAUAGGUUUGAAGAUUCCCAAUACUCCAGAUGCCCAGGGAGAAGGGGAAGAUGUGAACAAGAUUUCUUAAUGUAUCUUGUGUACAUUAAAUUUUGUUGUAGAUCCAGUGUCUUAAUAAGAUGUGUCAUAUAUGAACAAUUUCCCUAUGUAGACAUAGUUUUGAAUUCAAUCUAUUGUGUAAGUCAGCUGAGGUAAUGUUGACCAUGAUUCCCAAAAUCUGCUUGUGUUAAUCUGAUAUUUUGAAGAUUUUUCUUCUUUUUUUAUCUUUUAAUUAUGUCGAGUAUCACAGCCCAUGACAGUCUUUAGUUGCUGCUGUUUAGUUUUUGUAAUGUAAGGCAUACAUUUAAUAAAAAGCCUUUACCAUUUUGUACAUUGCUUGGAGGAGCUUCAGUAAAUAUUUUGAAGUUCAAAAA